CUCAUUUCUUCGUCAUGCAGAUAUCUCACAAUGAAGGGCCUAUCUCUAACGUAUGCCGUCGGCGCACUGAUCCUGCUAACAUGCGCCUCGGCCGAAGAGGACCCGAAAAUCCGCCAAGUCACCGACGGCGGCGGCGUCUUCACGGCGGAGAACCGCGGCCAGAGCCUCCUCGGCACGGCGGCGGAGCUCCGGUUCAAGGCUUUCGUGAGAGAGCACGGGAAGGUGUACUCCACGCGCGAGGAGUACCUGCGCCGCCUCGGGAUCUUCGCCGGAAACUUGAUUAGGGCGGCGGAGCACCAGGCGGUGGAUCCCACCGCCGUCCACGGCGUCACGCAGUUUUCGGAUCUGUCGGAGGAGGAGUUCGAGAGGAUGUACUUGGGGAUGAACGGAGGCGGCGGAGUGGUGGAGAAUAGGGCGGCGGAGAUGGACGUCGGAGAUUUGCCGGCGAGCUUCGAUUGGCGGGAAAAAGGCGCCGUUACUGAGGUCAAGAUGCAGGGUACGUGCGGAUCAUGUUGGGCAUUUAGCACGACGGGAGCGAUCGAAGGGUCGCAUUUCAUCGCAACGGGGAAGCUUCUAAAUCUUAGUGAACAACAGCUCGUCGAUUGCGACCACACGCAAAAGUGCGACAUAAAAGAUAGGAAAUCUUGCGACGAUGGAUGCUCGGGUGGCCUAAUGACGAAUGCAUAUAACUAUUUGAUCGAAGCCGGAGGCAUCGAGGAAGAGAGUUCAUAUCCGUAUGUUGGUAAGCGCGGCGAAUGCAAAUUCAAUGCCGAGAAAGUGGCGGUCAAAGUAGCCAAUUUUACGACCAUCCCAAACGAUGAAAAUCAAAUUGCGGCUUAUUUAGUCCGUCACGGUCCCCUUGCAGUUGGGAUCAAUGCGGUGUUCAUGCAAACAUACAUCGGCGGCGUUUCAUGCCCUCUCAUAUGCGGCAAGAAAUGGCUCAACCACGGCGUCCUAUUAGUGGGAUACGGGUCGAGAGGGUUCUCCAUCUUGAGACUCGGACACACGCCGUAUUGGAUCAUCAAGAACUCGUGGGGGAACAAAUGGGGCGAGGGCGGGUACUACAAGUUGUGUCGGGGCCAUGACAUGUGUGGGAUGAACACGAUGGUGUCGGCCGUCGCGACAAAGACAUACUAGGUAAGAAUAUAUAAUUGAAAUAGCCCUUUGUUUAGCUAAUUUGUAUUGAGAUCUUAGACAUAUUGUAUUGUAAUAAAAAGCUUCAGUGUGAAAUAGUUGCGCCUUGAUAAAUUUUGCUUAUGUA